UUCCGGCCAUUUUGAUGGCGAGGAGGAUGAGGAGUGGAUGGAGAAGAGCUUCUUCCAGCUAUGGGCCAUUUCAACCGGUGCAUGUCCUAACCCUGCGGAAGUAGUCUUACGAAAAGUCUCAACUUGUUUUCAAGCCACUUUAGCAGUUGGAGGCACUCAGUGAGGUGAUCCUCCCGCUGCUGGAGGGGCAGCAAGCAGUCUUUGAGUGUCCUGGCUCUUUCACCAACGCACCUCACGUCUACAAGUUGUGCCACCUGCGCUGUGCGCCGUGGCCAGGUUCCACAGAAAAGGAUUGAAAAAGGCAGCGACAUCGGUCUCAAUGUGUGAUCACCGUGUGGUUCCAUUCAGCAGGUGCCAGUGAUAAUGGAGCUGCAUCACCAUGGUUCGUCACCAUGUGACACAGUCGAACAUCACUGAUCACAGAUGAAUACAGGUGACAUGUCAAGAGCCUUCCAGCUGGGGGGUUGUUCAAGGAGCUUCCUUUUUGCUCAUCGGAAGCUCCAAACGGCCGGAGGCAGAGAUGGCGAUCAUGACGGAGCUACUUCGACUCAUUUUGCGCAGCCCUUUUCCAAUCGAUGUGAUUUUCAACUUCAAUGGUGGUGAAGAAGUGCUGAUGCCUGCCGCACAUGGAUUUGUGACCAGCCACCCUUGGGCCUCAUCGAUUUGUGCCCAAAUCAACUUGGAAGCCGCAGGCUCCGGAGGUCGAGAACUGCUCUUUCAAGCUGGGCCGUCGAACCGGUGGAUCGCUGAAGCCUACAAGAGUCACGUGUCGCCUUGUUUCACACGGGCCUCAUACCGGGGGGAGACGGAUUUCCGCAUCUAUCGUGACUUCGGGGAUAUCCCGGGCGCGGAUUUCGCAGUGCUCACCAACGGCUGGGUCUAUCACACCUGGAGGGAUGACUUGGGCCAUUUGGACUUCCGCUCGGUGCAGCGCUAUGGGGAGACCGUCUUCGAGUUCGCCACGGGCUUGGCCAAGAAGUUGAAGGAAGGCCGUCCCCAUGGUGCGGAGGUGGCCGAUGCCGCGGUGUUCUUCGAUGUCGGGGGCCUCUUCUUCGUCGAGUACGCCGCCGCCAAAGCGCAGCAGCUUCACGUGGCGGUCGGCUCGGUGGCGGUCUCUGGCCUGCUCUGGUUUGGCGGUUGGCGGGUGUUGCUGGCUGCGGCGAAACUUCUUCUUUGUGCUUUGGCUUCUACUACUUUGGCCCUACUCUCUGGGAUCCUGGUGGCUUCCACCCCAGCGGCUAUGGUGGCAGCUGGGCACCCGGAGCUGGGAGCCUUGCUUUUCGUGCCGCCCACAGUGAUUGGAUUUCUGGGAUGUUUUCAAUUUUUGAGGGUGGAAGAGGUGGAGAGAGGAUCCAUCGCGUUGGCUUCCAUCCUUAGCUUAGUUUUGUCUUCCAGCCCAGUCACCGUGAUGGCAUCUUAUCCCUUUUUCCUUUGGUCAGCAUUGCCAGCGCUGGCAAUGGCACUCAAAGCUGUGAUACCGCUGGCUUCAGCUCCGCUUGCUGUUGGCUCCUAUGUGCUGCCAUGGAUGUUGUCCAUUCAGAUGCUGGUCUUGGGCGUGGACUUCUUGGGGCCUUUGACCUUCCGCAGCGGGACCACCAUACCUGGAGAUCUGGUGAUUGCUGCGCUCUAUGGUUUGUUGACACUUUGCGCUUUUUACAUAUUUGAACCCACUUGCGCCUUUUUUGUUUUCUUUUUUGAAGUGGCAGCCUUUGAUCGCUUGGAGUUGUUGUGUGUGUGA